GCAUGGAGGGCGCCGGAGACCUGCGAUGCCGCUAGGGGGGCAGGCCGGCGGGGCACCCCGGAGAGGCGGCCAUGGAUUCCCAGUCACUGGACGGCUGUAUCCAGAGCACCCUAUCAGCUCUCUACCCUCCCUUUGAGGUCACUGCCGCAACAGUGCUGUGUCAGGUCUUUGAUGUGGUGGAGAAGACGUAUCGAGGGGACGGCCUGCGCUACCUCAUUGACUUCCUGAUUCCGGCCAAGCACAUCUUGCAAUGUGUCCAGCAGGAUGCCUGUGUACAGUAUUGCGGGUUCUUGUUCCGGCACGAGGGCUGGCCUUUGUGUAUCCAUGAGAAGAUCGUAGUGCAGCUCGCCUCCCUCGACUGGCGGGUCUUGAAGCCGGGCGACUUUUACCUCCAGGUGGUGCCUUACGUGAAAAAGUGCCCCCGGAUCGUCGUCAAGUGCUUGGCCAAGGACAGGCACAAUGUGGAAGAAGUUGUGGUCCCUGAAGUCUCUUACACCUCCAUCUUCACCCUAGAAUGGCUGAACUGCAUCAACCGAGAGCGGAUGGGAUCUGUAUUAGAAAACUGCUUAUUAGCCACAGACGAUAAAAUAUUCCGGGUGCCCUGGGAAAAAAUUGUCAACCCAGAAUUUAUCGAUAAACCAAAAGUGAUGGAAAGUGACUUAUGUCCAGACGAAGUAACUGAAAGUUGCUCUGCUCUCUGUUUCUCUGAGGAGAUGCUUCAAAGCAUCUCUUCCAAGAUGGGACCCCAGACUUCUCAUGGGCCAGAUUUUUUUGGAAGCAACGUGGUGACAAAUGGGACAGCAGAGGGAAUGGCAGCUGGCACAAGCAAACAUGUGAGCCUCGUACUCGACGAGGACUCCGAAAGUGACCCGGAAGGGGAAUAUGUGGAGCUCAUUGAUACAUCUCUGCCUCGACUGGGGCCCCAAAUGGGUUCCUUGACCCAGUCCAUCUCUCUUAAUUAUUGCACUAAGCUCCAGCCUAGGGGAAAGAGCCAACUGGCGGCCCAUUGGGUCAGCAAUGAUUGCUCACAAAAUGGGGUAUGUUUAGCACUUACGUCACCACCGCAUAGCCAGUUGGGCACAACAAGGACUCCUGAUGCUCAGGCGGGCGAUGCUGGGAUUGGUUUGGAGAACUGUCCUAGCGCUGGAAGUGAGCUGUUGCUACUGAACAUUGCCGAGGAAUCUGAGAGGAAUCCAACCUCUGGCUUCCCCAGUGUUCCCUCCGCAGUCACUGAUGCUCAGGAGCUUUCCCAAGGGAAGCGGCAAGCUCACCCACAGCACGAGCUUGACUGGAGAUACGCCAUGUGCAGUUAUACAGACGAAGAGGACCCCGAAUGGAAGCCUCCGACAGCAGGGUCCCUUGGAAGAACAGAAGUUGCUUGGGGGACCAGGAUAGAGGGAGACAGUGGGGGAAGGGAACCCAAGCUUUGCAGCACAGAGGUGACCCCAGGAGAAAUCAGGGAGGCCAGCGUGCUUGGUGAGGAGGGUCUUUGUGCAGGACAUUUGAGGCUAUUCUGCAGUGGCAAGGGUAACUCCAGCAGCUGCAAGCCAAGGCUGCUGGAAAAUGCUUCCCCCCAACCUGCAACAAGCCUGUUAUCAUCAGAGCCCGUCUCUGACAUUGGGGCAGCAGACAGUUCUCCAUUACAGGAAUCGUCUGGGUUAACUGAGCAUUGUUCUGAACAGCUGGUGGCAGUCUCUCUUCCUGAUGGUCUGGUGGGAGAAGCGAGCCCGAAAGGAAUAGUGAAGUUAGCAAAGUUGGGCAGGGAUAGUAAUAGUGAGGGAGAGACCCGAGUGACUGCUCACCGGGGUCUUGUGGGACAGAAGGAGCAGAACAGUGGUGGAGACCUCUUGUCUUUUGAAGGGCAGGCAGAGGAAUGUCUGUUGCUAGCAGGAGAACAAGACACUCUGCUCACUCCUCAACAGCAGGUUGAGGCUCCUUUGCAACUUAGCGCUAAUGUGGCGACACCUGGAAUGUCAAUAGCUAAGCAGCAGGGAAACAGCGGUGAUCCUCUAGCAGAGACUGAUGUGCGGACUGAGGGCUUCCCCACUGCUGUUGAUAAGGAAGGGACUGAAGUGUGUUGCGUGGACCAUACAAACUCCCUACCGUCAGAAACUUUCAUCGAUGGUUGUGGGUUGGAACGUUCGGCAGGCCAAAGAGAGGAAAGUGGUGAAAAUGACUCGGGAAGAGAAGAACCUUGCUCAUGGACACUUCCAGAAACAAGGUGCCUGUCUGCCUCUCUCAAAACUUCUGAACAUCUGGAUCCCCCUAAGCCUGGCAUGGGGGACUCUGCAUCGUCCCUCUCAGCAUCUGUGGCAGACAGCUCCCCGUGCAGCACCACGCAUGGAAGCCCAGAUGUUGUGCAUGGAGAUCGGGAUGCCGCUUCCAAGGGGUUGCUUGUCAGAGAAACUUCAUUCAAAUGGGCAGAACAAGUCAAUGGAGAACCUGGAAAGGCUGGCCUGGGGUCUGCGAAUCCCAUCUGCACCUGCGAAGAAAGCGCUGUGCGUGUGGCGCACAAGAAGCCGCUGUGCUUUGCUUCUGGCAGGAAUCUGCAAAUGGUCUCCAUGACCAUGAAAGAUGUGAAUCUGGAAGUGCUGCAGAGUGGAGUUGCCUGCCUGCCAGGCACCAGAGACAAAUCCGGACGCGCCGUGAUCAUAAUCACAAUGAGGAAUACAAUUUGGCUGAACACACACUGCAACGCCAGUGAACUCACACGUCUCCUCUUCUAUUUGCGCAGCAUCCUCAGGCCCGAGUGCCAGAGGUUGGGCCUGACCAUUCUCGUUGAUGCUCGGCGAUGCUCUCCGGUACCAGCCCUCUUUAAAGCCUUGGCUGUACUGCAGGACGCUGUGCCCCACUGCAUCCAUGCCGCCCUUUUACUCGUUGAGAAAGAUGUCUCCUUCCGGGCAGAGAAACCAGCUUCUGUGCAGGUAGAGCUUCUGACCUCCAUGAAAUCCCUCCACAAGCACAUCGACAGCGCAAAGCUGCCUCUGGAAUUUGACGGAGCCCUCCCAUAUUGCCAUCAGGACUGGCUCCGCUUCCGAAUGCGCCUGGAGCAUCUGCUGCAAGGGUGCCAAAGUGCAUCUGCUUUCCUCGCAGGAGCCCUGCAGGCCGUGGAGUCCAGCAGGUUGCCAGACAAAGCAGAGGAGGCCGAUGCUUUGCUAAAGCACAACAGGAAGCUCAUGAAGGCUGUUCUUGAGGACUCUCGGCUGGUCAGAUUGCAACUGGAAGGUGGGGCGCUUCUGGCCCGCUUGAGGAAGGAGGAGUCUUGUGUUACUCUGACAGAGGACUACAGAGAUGCACUUGAGGCAGCUGUCAUGCUUUACAACCAGGUGGACGAAGGCAUUCACCAGCUGGUGAAGAUUUCAAACAAGCGAAUCCAAGCCCUGGAGCUAGUGAUUGACUUUGAAGCCUUUGAAGAGAGCUUUCGAGAGAUCAGCAUCUGGAUUGAGAAUGUUGGCCAGAGGCGACUGGUGGAGCUGAGCGAGAUGGAUGACUCUUUGGAGGUCCUGCUUCGAGCACAGAAGCAGUUCCAGGAUUUUGAGCUGGUUGCUGAUGAAUACUGCCAAAGAGGGCAAGAAACUCUGCGGAAGAUGGGCAGGUGGGAAGAGUUUUCUGUGACUGAGCUGCACGCUGCAUCUGGAGUCAAAUUGCAGAUGUGGAGAAAUCAGCUGCAGGGAUUCUGCAGCCACCUGGAGGCCAGCAAGAGCCGGAUUGAGCAAACGGCCAAACUGUAUGAAUUCUUUGACCAGGCAUACGAGUGGGCACUGGAAGGGAUGCGCCAGCUUGCCUGCAUCAGCAUGGAGGACUGCAGCUCCCAAGAACACUGCUCGGCAGCCCUCGGAUGCCUGGAGAGCUACAAGGAGCAACACCCGGAAAUCGGCGAGGCCAGGUUCCAGGAGGCAAAGGAGCUGGCGUGUCAGCUGAGGAGCAGCAACGGCCUGAAGCAAUGGCAGUUUGCAUGGUCCAAGUGCCAGGAGACCAGGCUGGCUUUUGAGAUGAAGCUCGAAGCCGCCCUGAGGACCAAGAGGUCUCUGUAUCCAGAGGCAGAGCAAGGUUUGCCUGUACUGGAGGGCAGGCUGCUCUCAGAGGGGACUGCUCAGGGGCAAGUCACAGGCAUGGCUUCAAGUGCACCUCAGUGCCAGGAGAGGCCCGGUCAGCCUUCUGAGUGGGCCAAGGAGAAUGCAGUGGGCCAGCGCGAGGGUGCUAGAGCCGGGGAACGGAUUGUAUUACAAGCUGCCACACCCACCUCAAGUAGGAGUGCUCCUGAGGCCCCCAAGUCAGCCCACUAUGCCCAGCCUGAGAAGUCAACCCUCGAGAGCAUCGCGGAAGUCCUGGAGGCGUCACCUUCCUGCCCCUCUACCCCUUCCUCAAGGCAGCUGUUUCCCAAAAGGAUCCUGAGGAAGGCCCAGAGUUUUGACCUGGCCUGUGCUGAGAGCCUGCGCUCUAGCUGCCAGCGGACUCUGAGUGAGCCGGCCCGCUAUGGCAACACAGGGGUCUUCAUCAAAGGGCUGGAAGUCAGCAGCACCGAGCUGGUGGACCGGACUGGCAUGGCCCGGCAGCACCUUGGCCCAACCAGCUGGACUGCAGGAUGUGUGCAGGAAGAGCGGAGGAGCAGUGCAUCUGUACCAGAAGCCAAAAGCUGGGGCAGCAAACUGCGGCACAUAAUCGAUGAGAUGGUGACGACGGAGCAGGAGUAUGUCCGGUCCCUACGCUACAUCAUUGAGAGCUACUUCCCAGAGAUGGAGCGUGUGGACCUGCCCCAGGACCUUCGGGGGAAGCGAAGCAUCAUUUUUGGAAACCUGGAGAAGCUCUACGACUUCCACAGCCAGUACUUCCUGCGGGAGUUGGAGAGUUGUUGCAACCACCCUCUGCGUGUCAGCCACUGCUUCCUGAGACAUAAAGACCAGUUUGGAAUGUAUGCCCUGUACAGCAAAAACAAGCCCAAGUCUGACUCGCUCCUGGCUAGCCACGGAAACACGUUCUUCAAGUACAAGCAGAUGCAGCUUGGCGACAAGAUGGACCUGGCUUCCUACCUCCUGAAGCCAAUCCAGCGCAUGAGCAAGUACGCCCUCCUCCUGAAGGACCUCAUCAAGCAGUGCGGGGAGGCGCAGGAGCAGGAGUUGGUCUACCUGCGGGCCGCCGAGGAGAUGGUGCGCUUCCAGCUGCGGCACGGCAACGACCUCCUGGCCAUGGAUGCCAUUCGAGAUUGUGAUGUGAACCUCAAGGAGCAGGGUCAGCUGGUGCGCCAAGAUGAGUUCAGUGUCUACCUGGGGCGCAGGAAGUGCCAGCGCCAUGUCUUCCUGUUUGAGGACCUGAUCCUCUUCAGCAAGCCCAAGCGGAUCGAGGGGGGACUCGAUGUCUACAUCUACAAGCGCUCCUUUAAGACAGCAGACAUUGGUCUUACGGAGAGCUCAGGUGAGAGUGGCCUGCGCUUCGAGAUCUGGUUUAGGCGGCGGAAAUCGGGUGACACGUAUAUCCUGCAGGCCAGCAGCCCAGAGACCAAGCAGGCCUGGACCAGCGACAUCACCAAGAUCCUGUGGGAGCAGGCUACUCGCAAUAAAGAAAUCCGAAUGCAGGAAAUGGUAUCCAUGGGGGUGGGCAACAAGCCUUUCCUGGACAUCAAGCCGAGUGAAGCCGCCAUCCAUGACCGUGCCAUCGAUUACAUUAUGAAAGGCAGGGGAGCAAGGACCAGGGCUUCCAUUGCUGUUUCUCUGUUCGACCACACCAAUCCCUACAAGAGAUCACCCGCCCCUCUGCCCACUGGCGGCGGCUCUUCCUGCUCAGUGCUGGGGCCCCUCAACCUGCACAUGUACCUGGAUCAGGCCUUGCUGCCAAGCAUGCUGAGCACCAGCCAACCCUUCAGUGAUGAUGCUUGCAUUGAGGAGGAUGAGAUGGAGAAUGAGACCAGCAGCCAGCCUUCAAUGACAACGGAGAGCUCCGAGUCUUCCCACUAUAUGUCCGGCAGUGGCUCCAGCAGUUCUGACAGUGGCUGUGUCUCUGGCAUUCCUCGAGACAGUUUCUGUGAAGAUCUGGGGUCCCCGCUCUCGACCCCUGCGGGUUCUUCUUUGGCUUCCCCCCUGGAGGAGAAAACCUGCUUCCCUAAAAGCCAGUAUGUUUCAGCGGUUUGAAUACCAGUUUCCGUGACAUUUUGGAAGAGCCUGAAAGGAGGAACUUCCCUACAGUGCUCCGGAGGCCACAACACUAGCUGGGGAGAUGCGUGUCCCUUCAGGUCCACAGCUGACCGGACGUGACCUCUUUUUUUCAGAGUCAUGUCACUCGAUGCAGUUAACGAGUUGGCCAAGACUGCCAUCUCGAGGGACAGACCUGUCUUAUUCCGUGGAGGCUGUUGCGGUUCAGAUCCUAGCCACCCGGUGUCCUUCUGUUUGCACGUCAGUGGCUGGAUCCGGGGAGCCGGAAGCAGCAGUAAGCGACACCAAGACAGGGGUGAUGGUGGGAGGGGGCAGGGGCUCAGUGGCCAAACAUAGAGGUUUAUUGGGCUAGAUAUGAGCCUGUUUAGCUUAAUGACCAACUGUCUGUACCAACAGACUGGAGAGUUCAGGGUCAUCAGGAAGCUGGUUAGGCUCACAUUUUUUCUUUUCAAUUGACUGGAGUUUUGUUCUGCAAACUGCACAGUUUUGACCUUUUUUUGUUGAAAGGUCAAAAGGAAGGAAAGUUAUUUAUUUUGGGGGGAAAAGUGCCCUCUCUUGGAUUGAACCUUGUUAUCCAGGCCUGUUCUCUUUGUUUAGGUUUGCCUGGUACUAAGAUAAUUUAUUGCCUUUUCUUACUACGCACUCAUUUGCAAAAUCCCCAGAGCCAAGUUGGGCUCUCUGUGUAGCUGCCAUCGAAACAGCAUCCUGUCUCUGAGGGGCAGAAUAAGGUUUCCAUCAAUGGGAAGCGAAAAUAACUCCUUGGGCAGCGGCAGAGAGAUGGAGAAGCACUCAAAGGGAUGGGGCCCGAGAUUGGCCUGCUCUACAUAUACAGCAGAAUGAAACAGAAGGGUCCUGCAGGGGUAUAAAGACUGUCCUAGAGACUGCAGGUGAAGGACCGUGUUCUUCGCUGCUUUUUUUAAUUAAAAAAACCCUCCAUGCAAAAAGAAAACCUGGACAGAAAGGAGCAGGCUGGGCUAAUAUCUGUCUCCGUGAUUUGCUAGUUUUCAGCUUGCGAAGUGUUCCUUGGGGAACCAGACAAAGCUGUCAUUUCCUCACCUGCAAUUGGAAGUUUCCCAAUCAGCUCCAGCACCUGGACUGCUGCUGGGCUGGAGGUGUCUGUGCCCUACCAGGUUUGAGAUGCUUCCCAAGGCCACUGCCUGCCCUACUUUGGCUGUCAGCCCCAAGAGAGUAACCAAAAGGCUAAAGGUGGCAGGAUGAAAGGGAAACAAGACAAGGCUCAGAAGGGGUAGGGAAGUGUUUGGGGCGGCUGGGGGAGGCGGGUGUUCAAGCCAGUGCAAUUCAGCCAUAGAGUUAAUAGAAGCACUUCUGGUUAUUGGUUGUUUCUGCCAGUCUGGUUGAAAAAGAGCUGGUGGGCACCAUUUGCCAAACACCCAAGGGGUCCACUUUGAACUGUCAGCAAUGACUAUGGCAGGGGUGUCCAACUCUGGUGCUUCAGAUGUUCAUGGACUACAAUUCCCAUCAUCCCCUGCUGGCACGGCCAAUUAGCCAUGCCAGCAUGGGGCUGAUGGGAAUUGUAGUCCAUGAACAUCUGACGCGCCAGAAUUGGACACCCCUGGGCUAUGGCAUCUCUUGGCAGUGUAGGGGUUCACCUAUCACUCCUGACUCAGGGAUGCUGCAACAUCCUGGCUGAUGUCAAAGUCCUGCUCCCCAACUCUUCCUUUAAGACCUUGAAUGCACUUCUGAUAUCCCUUGCAUAUUAACCAGAUUCCACUUUCAUUCUGAAAAUCUAAGUGCUGUAAAUAUUACUCUUAUUUUAUACAUUUAUUUAAUAAGCUGGAUUUUUUCAGCCUUUUCUUUUUUUGAUUCCAAGAAUGGAGUUACAGAACCCUUUGCCAAUUUUUGUAGAAUAUUGUAUGAAAAACAGAUGGAUGAGGACAAAUUUAGACGCUUCCAAGCUCUUGAUUAAUCUAACCUUUGCUUUAAAAGAGGAAGAGAGUUGAUCACAAAACUGUAGUAUGAAAGCAAUUUCACAUCAGCCAUUGUUCGAUAGAUAUCCAGAAUUCCUCAAGUAAGGCAAUUUUUUUUCAUUGCUGGGGGAAAAUGCCUUAAUGUACUGUUAACAUUGAUGUUGUUUUUAAAGAUUUGAAUGAAUUACUUAAUAAAAGUUAUUUCUUCCAGUG